GAAGUCAUUUCUCCUGGAACUCCCUCAGCCGAGUCGCUCUCCCAGUAAGUCAGAUCCGACGAGCUCGCCGUCCAGCUUCUUCUAGAGAAAAUGAGCGAUAAAGGUUUGUCAGACGAGGCCAUGGCAGCAGUCUGUAAAGAUGGAAACCCGAUCACUAAGGAUUUCAUGAUGCAGCAGACGAUGCUGAGGGUUAAAGAUCCCGUUAAGUCCUUGGAUUUCUACACCAGAAUCCUCGGGAUGACGCUCCUGCAGAAGAUCGACUUUCCCUCUAUGCGUUUCUCUCUUUUCUUCCUGGGCUAUGAGGACAAGAAGGAGAUCCCUGUAGAUGUGAAGGAAAAAACGGCCUGGACCUUCUCAAGAAGAGCCACCCUUGAGCUGACACAUAACUGGGGCUCUGAGGCUGACGACAGUCUGUCUUAUCACAAUGGAAACUCGGAUCCGCGCGGCUUUGGACACCUUGGAAUUGCAGUUCCUGAUGUUUAUGCAGCCUGCAAAUUGUUUGAGGACGAAGGAGUCACAUUUGUCAAGAAGGCUGAUGAUGGUAAAAUGAAAGGCUUGGCCUUUAUCCAGGACCCUGAUGGUUAUUGGAUUGAGAUCCUGAGUCCCAACAACAUGGUAACCCUCACCUGCUAAAAACUACCCACAUGCCACCUGCUGCAGUGUGUGAGCUGAAGCCUGCUGUAGCUGAAGUGGGAGAGCAUAGGAUUGGGCAGCUUAAUGAAGAAUUUAGCAACAUCUGCCGGAGAGCUGAGGGCACACGAAGUGGGAUCAUGUUCACAGUGGCAAUCAGUGUGCGCCGGCAUGGGCUGGAUGGUUAUCAGCAAUUAUAUGCAACAGUUAUUGCUAUGAAUGCUAUCCUGUGGUACCCUAGCAACAACUUUGCUGAGUUUAAUCAUCAUGAGUUUUUAUGCUUUCCAAAAACACAUUCUCAAACAAAAUUAUGUUAUUGUGUAAUAAACCUGAAAAUCUUGUUUAAAAAGUU